UGUUAUUAAUCGAAGAAGGAACCAUCAACGCACCACGGGCACUUGUCACCAUAGAAGACCAUCUCUCAAUACUCCAGCAAGACUAGUAGGCUAGUACAUCGUGCGAUCUCUCUUUCUAUUUAUUCUCUCUCUUCUUCAUUUUCCCAGGAGAAGAUCUGGAAGUCCUGAUUGCACCAAGUCAGUUCCAAUUUUCCUCUACAAAAAAGAGGCACCAUGGCGGAAGAUCGCGACCGCACGACUCAGGCGCCCUUUGAGAUGAUGGAUGAUGACGGCGAAGUUGACGACUUUUUCGACACGGCAGCACCAGACAGCAAUCCACCCACGUACAAUCUGAGCUCGGAACAGUUCAUUUUCGAUGGUGAUGAACAUGCCGUGGUAGUGCCGCCGACCAGUCAGUAUGUCAACAAUGAUGAGCCGCUGCUGCCCGAUUACUUGAUACCCAGCUACAGUCGAGACGAAGUCUUUGAGGAGGAUCGUUGGAGUGACGAUCAUCCCAUGGCAUUGCCCCUACUUGUGGAACAGCAACAACCUACAGGACGACGGAGAUACUCGGAAUUGAGCGGACUGAAUUACCUGAAUUUAUGUACCUUUUUGGUAUACUUGACAGUCAGCAUUGCCAUUGGCAGCGGCGUGGUGGAACGAGCUCAUCCUUCCUGGCUGCCGUCGACGUGGACCGUGACCACCCUUCCACAAUACGAAACACUUCUCACACCCAUUCAGUGGGCAGGGGAUUAUUUGUGGAUCCCUGUACUUUGUUGGGAAGGGAUUUUUGUAUUGGUACAGCUUCUUCCCAAAGUGCGAUCAGGAAGCGAAGUCGUCACGGGAGUGGCGUGCUCGUAUUUUCACAUUGGAAUGCUACAAAGUCUGGCCACUCUAUUGUUUUGUCUCAAAUGGAUCAUUCCGGCAUGGGUCGCCUUGGCUGGCACCGUGGCCAGUCUCUUGUGGAUGCAAGCCAAACAAGAAGAACAUCAAUCUACCACCACGCCACACAAAUGGAAAUACUGGGUAUUUCGCUUUCCAUUUGAUCUCCACAUCGGUUGGCUCUUGCCGUUGUUAGCAUCACGUGGGAGCAUGAUCUUUCGGUAUUAUUGCAGAACACAACAUGGGCUCCAGUUGGCUGCCGACAUUGUUACCAUGGCCUUGCUCCUGCCCUGCGCAGGAGCCUACCUGGUGGUACGAGGCAACAACAGUGGACCACGAAAUUGGGUGGUUCCCGUCCUCAUUUUGUGGGCGUAUCUCGGAAUUGCCUGUCGACUGCGGGUCCAGCCUCCAGUGGCGUUGAUUGACGCCUAUGGAAUGGAUGUUUGUGUGGCCAUUCGGGAUGCUGCCUGGUGUUUUGCUGGCACGGUGGCACUGCUGCUCAUUCCACAGAUUGCCAUUUGGAUCGCCCGAGAAUUCUUGACCAUUCAUGUGGUCCAAUUAGCCGACGACGACGGGGAAGAUGUAGGAGGCAAUGAGGAUAUGUUAUUGCUGCGCAACCAUGCCAGUGCCGAGCCAUCCAUGUCUGGCAUGACAGAGUUUUAGCAAGCAAUGCUGGGGAAAUUUGUAGGCUUUGGCCAACCAACCAAGAAACAAAGGAAUCGCCAGCUGUUUUUUCGCUGCGAAACUUGCCAUUUUCGUUUGGAGUGAAGGUGAGCAAGAUUCCUGUUGUGCUGUUUGGACACCAAAGAUUCUCCCUAAGACGGAUCCUAAGACGGAUCCUAUGAAGAGAACUGGAGAGGGCUUCAAAUAAAAUCCUAGAAGUAGAUUGAAUCGUCUCAUUAGUGUCAUCUCUGCCACCUCU